AUAUAUUUAUUAAUAACAAUAAAAAUUUUAUGAUAAAUACGUAGUUAAAUAUUUAAAAUGAAAAUCUUGCGAGUGACGUCACACAAUUGACCAAUAAGAAGUUAUGUUUACAUUAAGGAACAGUUCGUUCUGAUGGCCGCCAUGUUUGAUUAUUUUUUGGUUUUAGAUUUCGAAGCCACUUGCCAUCGUCAUACUAAAUUAAACCCUCAAGAAAUAAUUGAAUUUCCAGUAAUAAAAGUAAAUGGGAAAACUUUUGAAACUGAAUCAGAAUUUCAUGAAUAUGUACAACCGUACAUCAAUAAGAAACUUUCAUCUUUCUGUACUGAGCUAACAGGUAUUUCACAAGAAAUGAUUGAAAAUAAAAAACAUUUAGAAGAAGUUUUACAAGACUUCCAGUUGUGGAUGGAAAAAGAAGUUCUUUUAAAACCUAAAGUGAAAUUUGCUUUUGUGACAUGUGGUGAUUGGGAUUUGAAAAAAAUGUAAGAGAAAAUUUAAUAA